AUGGACCGCACGCCAUCACCCCGUCGGUUACGCACGCCGCCCGCCCCUCACCACGGCUUCACCGACAGCUACGAGCCGUAUUCACCGCGGAGGUCCACCAGAGUAGCCGCCCAGCGCGACAUUCACCUUCACCAAGGAUCACAACAAAGCGCUAGGGCUCGACGCGACAUCACCCCGACUGCUACCUACAAGCGGAAGGCGACUGCACGCACAAACAACAAUUUCACCCUCUCUCCACCAUCGUCGCCUAUAUCCUCACCCCAACUCCAGUCGCCUCGUUCCAUGCGACGCAGACAACCCGAAGCAAGCGCGCUCGACUCCGAAUCAGAAGCCACUGCCCCUUCGACCGCUCAUCGCUUCCCCAACAAGCAAAUGAGCUUGCUACCCACACCUUCCGAGACGCCGCGCAAGCGACCUCUCGUGGCGGAAGCUUCGCUGAAGAAGACUGCGCGUGUUCUGUUCCCUGCUCGCCCUGCCAACAUUGAGGAGGUCAUGCCCACGCCCCGCAAGUCGCGCAAGAAGAACCUGUUCACUCUCGAGAGCUUUGCCAAUGCAGCCGACGAACCUGCUGAGAAGAUCCAAAUCUUCACCGACUCAAAGGAGCGCGUCCCCGAGCAGGACGAUGAGGAAGACAACCCAUUCGUCACUAAGAAAGGCAAAGGAAAGGCCAAGGCAGUUCCCCAGAAGUCUCAGCGUGCUGUUGCAGACUCGGCACGGAUCGCGACGAAAGGCAUGGUCUACCUCUUCCGCGGCCGCAAGCUGUACCGCAAGUUCCACGACAGUCCAGAGGGCUCAGGCGGCGAGGACUCGCUUGAGGACUUCUCUGCCCUGCCUGCUAACGAGAGGUUGCUGCGUCGAACUGCGGGCGUCGAAGCCCAUCGCCCGCUCCGUCGCUCGACUAUCAAACCCCGUCUGUUGUUUGAAGCAGAGAUCAAGGAGCGCAAGCGCCAAAACGGCGAGGUCACCGACGAUGAAGAGGCUGAUACCGAGAUCGAGACCCCAGCCGAGACCCCUAGCAGGAGGAAGGGCAAGGCCGCCGACCGUGUCACCCAGCCAGCCACACCACCACCCACUGUUCGCAAGCCCAAGCGAGAAAUCUCCUUCGAGGGAUGGUCACGUGUCAAGUCUGCUCACAGCUCUGGCGAGUCUGUGCGCGAGUCCAAGAAGCGUGGAGGCGAGCCCCUUGAGCGUGGUGGUGCCAAGCAAGCUCGAAGUGAGAAGUCCACUCCUGCUACUUCAUUCAGCAGCAUCUAA